AUGAGUUUGAGAAAAUUGCUUACGUCCAUCGCCUACGCUCUCGCCAUCGCGAAAGCUACAGCCUCUCCAACAGCACUUCUUUCUGCUUCAGUCACGGGAGCAUACACGCCUACGAUAGAACCCCAAUCAACACCGACGUACUAUCCAGUCUCCGAACAACAAGCCGGUUCUCAACUCAACAAUGACGAAUACUACAUGCAAUCUCUCGGCAACGGCGGCUACUUCGUGACAGAUGGUGGAUACAAUCACUUCUUCCUCGUUGCCUGCCACAGCGUCAUUGUCGUCGACGCACCAGCAACCCUCGGCAUCAACAUCCUCAAGGCUAUCCGUAGCGUUACGGAUCUCCCAGUCUCCCACGUCGUUUACAGCCAUCACCAUGCCGACCACAUCAGUGCCGCAUAUCUAUUAGGCACGCUGGACAACGUCACAUUCAUCGCACAGAAAGAGACGGCCACGAAACUCGCCGCAAUCGGCGACUACGGACACCGCCUCUAUCCAACGAUAACAUUCGAGGACUCAUACACUCUGAACCUCGGCGAAGCCGAAGACCUUCCGGGCUACAUUAAAGCGCACGAGCAAGUCAUGCUCUACGAUUUCGAGUACUUCGUCGGCGGCCACGUGAACGUCCCCGGCAACAGAACGGACGUCCAAAUCGCCAAAGAGUACGUCCUGGACCUGUUCGAGACGUGCAAGUAUGCCUUGCUGGAAGCCGCGAAGCCUUACAAUAAUGGAUCCAACGAGCUGUCGGCCGAGUUCUUGCUUGGUCUUGUGACAGCAGCGAAUCCAAGCAAUCCCUGGGCCCCACAGGCGUACUUUGAGAAGGUGAUUACAGAGUGGGUGGCUAAUGUGACGAUUCCGCGAUGGGACGACCGGCUAGCUGCCAUCGACGUGUAUGGACUAUCAAAUUCGGAGACUAUGCUGGAGCCAGUCAAGAUUGAUUAUGGUAUACUGGGAUCGUUCGGUGUGAAGUUGGACUGA